CCUAGCCAAGCAAUGUCUGCGCUCUCGCCGAUAUCUUAGCGUGCGGAGUUCUGCCCUUUCUCCGACGCUUGGCAUGGCGAGCCGAAGGGCCCGGCAGCGCCUCAAGGGCGGCGGCGGCGGGGACACGGGCCCGGCGGCGGAGAAGCUGCGGGAGCUGCUGGGCAGCCGGGAGUCGGGCAGCGCGGAACAGCGGCUGGAGUCUGGAAAUAAAGCUGGGCAAGUCUGGGCUCCUGAAGGAUCCACUGCUUUCAAGUGUCUGCUCUCAGCAAGAUUGUGUGCCGCUCUCCUCAGCAACAUCUCUGACUGUGAUGAAACAUUCAACUACUGGGAACCAACACACUACCUCAUCUAUGGGAAGGGAUUUCAGACGUGGGAGUAUUCCCCAGUGUACGCCAUUCGCUCGUAUGCUUACCUGUUGCUGCAUGCCUGGCCAGCUGCAUUUCAUGCACGGAUUCUGCAGACUAAUAAGAUUCUUGUCUUCUACUUUUUGAGAUGUCUCCUGGCUUUUGUGAGCUGUAUUUGUGAACUUUACUUUUAUAAGGCUGUGUGCAAGAAAUUUGGGCUGCAUGUGAGUCGAAUGAUGCUGGCCUUCUUGGUGCUCAGCACUGGCAUGUUUUGUUCAUCAUCCGCAUUCCUUCCUAGCAGCUUCUGCAUGUACACUACAUUGAUCGCCAUGACAGGAUGGUAUAUGGACAAGACACCCAUUGCUGUGCUGGGAGUAGCAGCUGGGGCUAUUGUAGGGUGGCCAUUUAGUGCAGCCCUUGGUUUACCCAUUGCCUUUGACUCGUUGGCCCUGAAACACAGGUGGAAGAGUUUCUUUCAUUGGUCGCUGGUGGCCCUAGUUCUCUUCCUGGUGCCUGUGGUGGUCAUUGACAGCUACUAUUAUGGGAAGUUGGUGGUUGCUCCUCUCAACAUUGUUCUGUAUAAUGUGUUCACUUCUCAUGGACCUGAUCUUUAUGGUACAGAACCAUGGUAUUUCUACUUAAUCAAUGGAUUUCUGAAUUUCAACGUUGCUUUUGCAUUGGCUCUUCUGGUCUUGCCACUGACUUUUCUUAUGGAGUACCUGCUGCAGAGGUUCCAUGUUCAGAAUUUAGGACAUCCAUAUUGGCUUACCUUGGCACCAAUGUAUAUUUGGUUUCUAAUUUUCUUCAUCCAACCUCACAAAGAGGAACGAUUUCUUUUCCCAGUAUAUCCACUUAUAUGUCUUUGUGGCGCUGUUGCUCUUUCUGCACUUCAGAAAUGUUACCACUUUGUGUUUCAACGAUACCGCCUGGAGCAUUACACCGUGACGUCCAGCUGGCUCGCGUCAGGAACAGUUUUCCUGUUUGCGCUCUUGUCAUUCUCUCGCUCUGUGGCUCUGUUCAGAGGAUAUCAUGGGCCCCUUGAUCUGUAUCCAGAAUUUUACCGAAUUGCCACAGACCCAACCAUCCACACUGUCCCAGAAGGCAGGCCUGUGAAUGUUUGUGUGGGAAAAGAAUGGUAUCGAUUUCCCAGUAGCUUCCUUCUGCCUGAUAACUGGCAACUUCAGUUCAUUCCAUCAGAGUUCAGAGGUCAGCUACCAAAGCCUUUUGCAGAGGGACCACUGGCCACUCAGAUUGUUCCUGCUCACAUGAAUGACCAGAACCGAGAGGAGCCUUCCAGAUAUAUUGACAUCAGCAAAUGCCAUUACUUAGUGGACUUGGAUACCAUGAGAGAAACACCCUGGGAGCCAAACUAUUCGUCCAACAAAGAAGAGUGGAUCAGCCUGGCCCAUAGACCAUUCCUGGAUGCAUCUAGGUCUUCAAAGCUAUUUCGGGCAUUCUAUGUCCCCUUCCUGUCGGAUCAGUAUACGGUGUAUGUGAACUACACCAUCCUUAAGCCUCGGAAAGCAAAGCAAAGCAGGAAGAAAAGUGGAGAGUGGAGGAGAGCAGAAGCCGCUCCCAGAAGAGCUGAGAGCCCUUGACUGGGUGUGUGUGCUAGCAGUUCUGCACGCUCUGGCCUGGCGUCGGGAACUAGCAAGCCUUCUUUAGGGUACCUGGUUUCUCCACCAAAGCUGUUUGGCAGCUCCUAGCAGACCUUGUUCAAAUCCGAGUGCUUGGAAGCGCAGCCUAGUUGCCAAGUGACAUGUCCUUCCCCCUCCAGCAAGACGCAUUCGCAGGACUGCAACCCUGGCCUGGGAGCUCAGGAAAAAGGCGACCACUGAAGAACUGUGACCUAAUCUUAUUAUUUAUGAUGCCUCUAAUUUUCAUUUUAUUUUCUUUAAAAUCAAUAAUAAUCAUAUUGCUAUUUUUGAAGGGUUUUAAGAUUUUUAAAAAAAGCUUCAGCAUGAUAUAUCUUGAAUCCUAGACUCUGUACAACUAUAGCGGGCAUCUUUGGAGAGAAGUAUGUCAGUAGAGUUGGGUGACAUCAUAUUUUAAAGUAGCUUGAGGCCAUUUUGCGGACAUUGAGAAUUCCUUUGUGUAAAAUGACAGCCCCGGUGAAAUGAAAAGGACAGUGUGCAUAUAGCACCCACACCUCAAUUCUGCUGCAAAGUGUCCUCGAGCAGGUGGUCUAGUUAGUUGCAUAGGUGGUGGUAACGACUACAAAAGGCUGCUUGUUAGUUCCCCUUCCCUUUCAAUACGGCACAAUGUAGAAGACAUUUUCUCAGUGUCUCAUUUGAUCCUCAGCCACUGUGAGGACCCACUUCACAGAAGAGGAAGCAGAUGAAGGGGGAGAGGAGAAGUGGCUUGUCCCUUGUCAUAUGUGUGGGCAGUAAGUCAUAGGCCUGGGUGUCGAAUCCAGGCUGUCUGACUUCUCACGUUCUCAGACUGUCCAUGCCUCUCCUCCACCUAUGAAACACGACUUGGGAGGAGGAUUGGAUUGACCACAGGCCACGUUUGUUUUGUCAAUUUCUGUUUUAAGGAAGAUGUUUAGGUACAGUUCUUUGAGUCCUUUGGAGCCUGUGGGUGACACCUCACUUAGCAGUGCUGUGUGGUAUUGCCAGAUCUCGGUAGGAAGGUCCUGGCUCUAUAACUCACAGGAUCUUCUGCGUACAGACUUCUUGUUGUCCCCGUGGGCCAUGUUACAGGUGCCUUAUUUCCUUAAGGGUGGCAGGUUCUAGUAGUGCAGAGGGUAGAUCUGAUUUUCACUGUUUCCAUUUUCCUGUUUCCUUUUUUUUUCUUUUUAAGGAAAGUAACUUUCUAAUGUGAAUUAGUCCCAAUAAAAGAAUAAAGAGAACAGAAAAAUAAGUAGUUAAAUUAAACUAUUUACUCUUGGGGGUUCCCCUCUGAAAGAAUACCGAUUAGAGUUGAUGAAGCAGAGGUGAGGAAGCAGGUUCAGACAUACGGAAUGACAGCUGCACAGGAAGGAUAGACCGCAGCCCUACUGUGUGCAUGGUCCCUGGAAUUCUGUUCUCAGCACCUGAUCGCCACUUUCCAAGGCAAACAGUGGGGUGUGAACUGCAGUGAAGCCUAUCUAUCUCAGAAGCCGAGGCCCUGUAGGAUGCACAGAAGAGUCGAUGACGGGGUUCAGAGAGGAGCAGCUCUUGUCCAAUCAAAGAACUGCAGUGAAGUCUAUCUCAGAAGCCAAGGCCCUGUAGGAUGCACAGAAGAGUCGAUGGGGUUCAGUGAAGGGCAGCUCUUGUCUGAUCAAAAUGUGGGACUUAGGAGCGUGGCUGAGUGGUGGAGCGCAUGUUUACUGUGUGGAAGACCCAGGGUUCAGUUCUUAACAUAUGCAAACACCCCCCAAAAUGGUACAGAGUUAAGCUAUUUGAUCAUGUGUGUCUGAAACAAACGUAACGAUCCUCCACGGGUGCCUGACAUGAACCUAGGCUUCCACAUACAUAUGUGCAUGCACUCACACAUGUACACACAGUCACCUCAGUGAGAACUUAAUUAUAAAGUAGCCAAUUAUAAAUUAUAAAGGCCAGGUGGGCAUAGAGCUCUCUUGGGAUUGUCGGUUCCAGUCCCUUUGAAAACCCUACUCUGGUUUUCUCCAUUCUGUUUCUGGUGAGGGCACAAUACAUUGUGGACACUAUGCCAGGUACCUCUCAACACUUAGGGGUUGGUUAGCUUCCCUUGGGAAGAAGAAGGGCAUCAUGGGCAGUCUCACAUCUCUGCCAAGCACCCCUGUGCACAUACCUCUGCUCGGUCCUUAGAGUGAGGUACACACGUGUAGAUGUCGCUGCUGAGGAUCGAGCUCACAUAUGAUCCAUAAUCUUUGUGGGUAGGACAAAGUAGUAGGGAGACUUGGCCAAUCCAGACUUCUCUGCUCUCUAGCCCGAAAGCAGCCUUAUCUGAACCUAAAUCUUGUGACACUGAGUGCCAUUAUUGACCCAGUCAGCAUGAUAGGAAUCUGUUAACAAAAUCUGCCUCUUGCCUUUUCUUGUCAUCUGAUAAAAACACAGGUUAUCUUAAUCUCUUUGGUAAGUGCGGAAAGCUGCAGCCUGUACUCCUUAUUACUGAAUCAGGCUUGCUACACGUGGUUUUAUAGCAGGGUGGUUAUUGAUCCCAGUCACCUUUUCUUUAGGUCUGGAGUUCUGGGAAAGAGCUUUGGAGUCCUUAGGUGAGGCUCCCCAGUGGGAACCCUCUCUUGUGUUCUGCUUCCUAGGACAGAGUGAACGGGAGGCAGCUGGCUGUAUAGCCUUCUGUUCUGGCUAACACCAGACGGCUUGGCUUCUCGUGUAGUUAAUUUUGUUUACAUCAAAGAGGCAAAGAGGUGCUUAAAUCUCCGCCUCUACGGAUGCAGUAAAAACUUACAUGGGCGUCUACUUUUAGGCUCCCACGUUGAAUUCCUCCGGUAAAUGAAUGACAAUGGCUUUGUAAGCAGAAGCUCAAGGCUUCCAUAAGGCACUGCUGGAGUUUCAGGGGCUCGCUGGAGUAUCCAUCCCAUGUAACCCUGGGAUUCUUGAAGCCAAUGAAACCAGGAAGCAGCACAGUGCUGAAGCCCGUGUCAUCCAGUUCACCGUCUUCCUGAUCCUUGUGCUUUUUCCGUGGCAGUGUUUACAUUGCAUGCCUACUGUAUUUCUGUGAAGGAAAAAAGUCAAUAAAUGUUGGCAGUUUGCCCCCUCCCCCUUUGAGACAGGGUUUCUCUGUGUAGUGCUGUAUGAACUGGAACUCUCAGCCCGCUCAGACUCACUUGCCUCUGUCUCCCAAAUGCUGGGAUUAAAGGUGUCACCCCCACCUCGAGCUUGAUUCCCCCCCUUUUUUUUAAAAGAUUGUAUUUAUUAUGUAUACAUUAUUCUGCCUGCAGGUAGACAGGCAGGCCAGAAGAGGACACCAGACUUCAUUACAGAUGGUUGUGAGCCACCAUGUGGUUGCAGGAAUUGAACUCAGGACCUCUGGAAGAACAGCAAGUAGCCAGUGCUCUUAACCACUGAGCCAACUCUCCAGCCUGGUUUCCUCUUUCUUAAGGUCGCUUUUUUCAUUCACACUCAGCUUCUAAUCUUCGCUGGGAAUUGGAAUUGGAAACAGCACAACUUCUGUGUCCUCCAUCCCCAGGUCGCGGUUCACAGAUGCAGCUUUCACAGGUCAGAGUCCAGACUGUGCUCCCUGAAACUUAGGGAAGACGCCCUCCGGAAUCACAGUGGUAGUUUCGUUCCUUCCAGGAGAAGCUGAGCACACAGGAAUUUACUGUUGAGCAUUGUGCUGGAGAGAAUGUGCCACAUGCCUAGCUUAUCUUAGGGUUUGGGCUUCAGGCUCUGGAGUUCAAGAGUCUGGUUGUCAUUGGCAUCGUGACCCAGUUACAGCUGGCAUUUGGGUAACUUCCCCCUUGGGGAGGUGCUGGAUUUGGGGGGUGGGAGAAAGGGAGCUUUCUCCAUCCUUGUCUUCACUUCCUCUUCUCUUCCCACCUCAUCACCUGACUUUGCAGAAUUACUUUUCACUUUUCUUCCCACCUGACCCAGGUGUCCUUGAGAUUUAAUUUAUUUUUCCCACGUUAUUUUAGACGCGGUCAUUAAUCUAGUCCCAGGUGGGAAAAGGCCAUUGGAGUCAUUGUUCUGUCCUGUGUAGGACACCGCCUUUGCUCUCUGUCCGUGUGCUUCUCCAUCUUCAGAGCCUCAUUUAGAUUCCUCCGGACUUCAGACCCCUUUGUUAGGAGCAGACAACCUUAAACAGAAACCUUGUAAACCUGUUUCAGGAAUAAUAACUGGCACAAUGGAGCAGGCUCCAUACCGUCUUAUUCGGGGCCCAGCAAUCCCCCAACGUUGUUUUGCUCCCAUGUAUUUGACAACGAGGAAAGAAAAGUAAAAGACACCUUUUUACUAACAGCUCUUGCUUUCAAUUUGGCACAGAUUUUUCAUUUUUAUAUUUUCAGGCAUAGUCUGAUUCUGUAGCCUAGAGUGGUCUGUAACUCAGUACGUCACCCAGACUGGCCUAGGAGUCACAGCAAUCUUCCUGCCUCAACCUCCCAUUGUUGACUCACGAGUUACUGUGCCCAGCAUCUUGGUCUGAAUUCUUAGACACAGAAAAUGCAGCAAGUCAGAAAUCUUGAGAACUCAGAAGGGCAGCUUUUGAGUCAGCCUGUUAGUGUAUGUGUGGGGCUUAGCAGUUCUGACCUCCAGACUUUGGCACGAGAGCACAUUCCUGAGGUUGCUUCUAAAAAGAGCAACAAGGCCCUGUAUGGAAUAUUUACAUUUCUCUAUUCCCUGAUUUUGGAGGGUCAGACUUGGCGCAGAUUUUCUUCCGAAUGAGUCUGGCUUAGAAGACUUUCUUGUUGGUGUGAUGAGGUGUUAGGUUCUUCUUGUCCCCUGUCCUUUGUAGAAGAUGCUCAUCCGCAAUCUGGAUUUGUGGUCACACACUCAGAUUGAAUAUUAAGUAACAAAUAAUAUUGUAAAGCUGAAAACUUCCCUGCAUCUUCCCAGCUGUGGAAUUCCGCCUAGACCUGACAUUUGAACAAGUUCAAAUCAAUACGUCCAACCAGUGAAAUGAGGGAAAUUGAGGUUAGGGAAGUCACGGUGUGGGGCUGUAGUGGCAAGGACAGCUGGACGCUUCCUGCUGGAGCCUUGUAAACUAAAUAGCUUGUUUGACUGAACAAUUUAAGUGAACAUUUAAGUAUGAACUUUUUUUUUCUUGAAAUUUAAGUGUAUCUUAAAGUAUCUUUAAAACACUUCAAAGUAAGUCAGACUUUCUGUUUGCUUUUGUUUUUCUUUUUACUUUCUGGGUUUGUUCUGUAGUUUCUUACCUGGAGAUAAAAAAAAAAAGCAUAACCUAGGUAACUUUUUGAUGGGCCUUAAAAGCCCAAGUAGAUGAUUCAAGACCGAUUUCCUCAGAGUAGGGCUUUUCAAGGACCGUCAUGGAUUGCAGGCAGCAUCUGCUGUAAGAAGGCUCUUUGAUCUCCAUUUGUAGGAACAGUUGGGCAACCAGCACCUUUGCCCUUCGGUCAGUCCCUUAAGCUCACUAGUCAGCUGCAUUGCCAAAUAAAGAAGGGCAGGGCCUCUCGGUUUCUUGACUGGAUGUUGUAGAAACAUUGCACUCAGUGCUGCAGAAAUCACAACCAAGGGAGCAGCAGUUCUCAGCCAGAGCUGCAGGGUAGGAGCAUGAGGGAGGCCGUCGAGCUGCCACACUGCACAGCCCUCCCUCAGGAGUAAAGAGCUAGCCACUUGGGGUGAGCAGAGGCUUCAUUGUGUUUAGAGCCUUCUAGUGCGUAGCCAGUGUUACACACCACUGCCCUUGAUAAAGACUAGGUAAGCUUCACACCAGAGACCAUUACUAACAAAGCCGACGGAAUGCUAUUAUCCUUUUCUGAUUGUAACCCCCAGUCUCCCAGGCCUUUAUUUGGGUCUCUCCCCUCUCUUGGCCAAGCCUCCUUACCUGCUCUGUCUCCCAUGCCCUCUGGAAUCCUUGCUGGAAAACCAGUUAACUAGUCAGACACUGAUAGAUGCUAAUGGAUGCUUGAGGACUCCUGGAGUGUUCUAGUUAACACAUCUAAAAAAAAAAAAAUACAAUUACUUUUUUUUUUGCCAUAUAUGGAUUUAUUAGGUAGGAAAAGAAAGUUUGAGUAGGCAAUCUCAACCUUCAUUGUAGGGCUUGACCCUGCUUGGCCUCUGAGGCAAGAACCCAUGUUGAACAGGACAAUGGGAGUAAAAAUGUGUGCUUGUGUUGAGCCCAUCUUCUUAAGGCACAUCCUGGAGCCAGCUUUGUAUGAUUAGUGAGAGACACACUUAGCUUAGCUGAUCAUGAUAACUCAGGACUUUAACUCUCAAGAGGCAGAGGCAGUGAAUCUCUGAGUUCGAGCUAGCCUGGUCUACAGAGUGAGUUUUAGGAUAGCCAGGGCUACACAGAGAAAUCCUGUGUGUGUGAGUGUGUGUGUGUGAGUGUGUGUGUGUGUGGCGGGGGGAGGCACACUUAGCUUUUCACUGAGCCGAGUGUGGAGAAGCCCCCACUCUGUGUUUUGCCACUGUUUUCUGACAGCCUCUUUGCAGCAGCUGCUGGCUGGCCGAGGCAUGGGAGCAAAGGUUAAUCCCAUUUCGAGAGAAGUGACCUGAAGUGUGUUCAUUCAACCACUAAGAAGACACCAUGUUCCAUUCAGGAGCUCGUGGUGCCUCUUUCUCGUUCCUUUAUAAACAGCAUGUCUCUAAGUUUCCCUGGGAUACCUUAGAGGGUGUUUCUAUUCUUUCUUUCCAGAAUAAUACUUGUGGAGCUACAUGGGCAAACAGGUGGGUCUCUCAGUGUGAUAUUUAAAAGAAAUCUUAGAAGCUUUCCUGAUCCGUCCUAUUUCUAUUGUCUUGGGCUUUUUCUAUAUUUUCAUCUUCACAGCCCGUGAUGGCUGAAUACAGUACAGUGCACGUGUGUGUGUAUGUGUGUGUUCACACGCAAUGCCAGAGAUUAAAUUUGUUGCCACACAUUUGCUUUAGGUGCACCCUAUCUGUAGCGCCAUCAUGGGGACUCAGUGUCCAGCAGAGGGCACCCUCCUCUCACUAAAAAUCACAGAGGUCCUUUCUCUCCAGGAAUUUAGCUGCUUGGGGUUUGCUGUAAUCCCAGGAUAUGUUGAAACAGCCAAACUGGGAGCUUUGGGACAUGUCCUUAUGUUGCUUCAUGUAUUUCUACAGCCACAGAUGUUUCCUGUGUGGGUGAAUUAUCCAUCACGUUUAGCAUCCCCUGGUUGAUAGGCAAUCCUACAAGGUGACACUUCUCUGUUAAUUUCAGUUGUAUUUGUUAUGUCC